CACGGUCAUCAUGGCGGCCUUGUCAAGCGAGGUGAUCGCGCAAAGUUUUUCAAUUACUAGCAAGCGCCGUUGUAAGGAAAAGUGAUGUCUGUUGUUGCUCAUGUUACUGAUGCAGGUGAGCCACCUGAAGCCUGUAAAGUUGAAAAUGUGAAAGACUGUUCAAUUCUUUCUCAAAACACUACAUCUGAUCCAGAAAAUGAAGAGGCGAUAUUAAUAGAGGAGGCAACAAGUAGUGUAGUCGAGAACAAUGAUGUCACACAGAAGAUUAAAGUUCUCACGGAACAUCAGAUUUCUAUGGAUUUUGAGCACGAUGUUACUCGAAAUGAAUAUGAUGAAGAUAAAACAUGUGAUAAAAACUUGUUAAACUCAAAAUUGAGUGUUCAGAAAGAGGGCUCUAAUUAUGUUUGCGAGCUUAAUAGCAGGAGCACUCAAGAACAAACGUCUCAAGAUCAGGAAGAAGUGGACGAGAUUCGCGAGAACUAUUUUAAUCAAGAAGAAAAGGAAGGUGUUAAUGAUUCAAAACCAAAAAGUUGCGGCGAGGAAGCUGAUGACACCAUAGAAGGAAUGGAAUCAGAUGACACUCCCAGGUACCAAAUGUUUUAUUUGUCACUUAUUUACUAGUCUUGUGUACUGUAUCAAUCAGUCCUGGCUACAGAGAGCACUUUGAUUGGUUGAUAGCCAUGUCAUAUCUCAUAUCCUGUCUUGCUCUGUGUGGCAUGAAGUGAUGAGGAGGAGUGCUACUCUUCAAGUGUGGUAUGCUAUUCAAUAGCAUGUAGCUUUCCCACCACCCCCCUCCUCUUCUUGCAAUUUAUCAUGAAUCCCUGAAGGUUUUCUAAAGCCCAUCUACAGGGGUAGAUCUGGGCAUACUUGAAAGGGGGGGGGGGCUAAACUUUGAUAAAAUACCCCCUUACGAGAAGUAAUAUGUAAGAAUUCUGGAUUCAGACAAAUAAUGAAAAGAAAAAAAACCUACAGUUCCAAUGGGAGAGGGGUGAGAGGGAGAAAGACUGAACCCUUCCCCUCUCAAUCCUCCAUUGCAUUUAUGGUCUUCAAUAGAGAAAGGCUCAAAGAGAGAUGUUUUGAUCCACGGUUUAGCAUGGUGACCACCAUGUUUCUCCUAGAUUAUACCCUUCCACAACAAGAGAUAAUUGAUCACCAUGUGAUUCAGCAUAAGGUAUCCCCCCAUUUCCCCCUUUGCAUUGUCGAUGGCUAUUAAAGCAGUACCCUGGGAAAAACUUUAAUGAACAACAUUGUAUUGGGUAAGGGGCAGCUUUUAGUUGUUUUUUUUUGCACUAGAUUUGUUACUGACCAUCUGGAAAAGUUGGUAAAUGCACUUUUUCCUCAAGGUGUGUCAACAUUUUUGCAACUAGUUGUAGCUUGGCUUUACCUGAUUUUAGAAAGGAAAAAAAAUGCAUUUUUUUCUCCUUCAGGUACUUUGCAGUUCAUUAUAACUUUAAUAUUGUACCGCAACAAGUAACAGGAGCUUGGGAAGACUUCAGUUGCUCAGCUUCAAACUUUCUCAAGGGUUGCAAAUGGUAAGCAUGGUCAAGGGGAGAGGAAUUCCAUUCUAAUGGUGUGAUAUACAGACAGUGCUCCUCAACUGUUCUUGGACAUUCUAAGUCCUGUAUGGAUUUGUUGUAUGAUUUUUGAAUAAAACUCAUGUAUACUCUAAAUUAUUUAAUCUUUGAAGCAUAGUAGCUGGUCUAGCUGUCAGUCUGAAGUGCAUCUUGUUGUCCUCAGUGUUAAUGCCAGUCUAUCACAAAUUAGUAAGGGGGAUAAGUUGCUAAAGAAACUGUGGUGCUGUAUCAGUGGGAGAGAAUAACAAGGUAAUUUAAUAUUUUUAACUGAGUUGAUAAUGUAAAUUGACCACCAUAAAGAGUUUCAAAGCUGAUGUUUCAAACUUCAGCCCUUCAUCAGAGUGAAUGGAGGAACUUUUGGUUGUGUGUGUGUUUAUACUCGGAAAAUAUUAACACACACAGAACCCACAAUUCCUCCAUUCACUCUGAUGUAGGGCUGACAUUUAAAAUGUCAGCUUUGAAACUUGUUACAGUGGCCAAUGUAUGUUACCAACUCAGCUGAUAAUACUAAAUUGCCCAAUCAGAAAUUAGAUUUGUAACCCUUUAGUCUGUCAUGCAGUUUCUUUUUUAGCAAUUUGCUGAUAUCCAAUUAUACUUCCAGGUAGAGAGAGGCAUUUUGAGAUAAAAAUGUGUCAUCUAAGAACACGUUGCCGUGAUUAGGUUAGGGUUGAGUUUGAUCACCAGCUGCUAUGUGGAAAAUGAGCUUGUGCUCCUCCCCCAAAAAGAGGGUGGAAUGAAGAGUGCUCUCAAGGGAGUUGUAGAAAUUUGUUGGAACAGAACUCCAGCCUGAACCCAGUGAUCCUGAACCUACAUUUUUUUAUUAUAAUUAUUCAGCCAUUACAUAUGUCUGCCUAAUUUACUGUGGGCUUGAUUUUCAUUUUUGUGUUCUUAUCUAAGGUCUCCUGAUGGUGCAUGUUUACUGACAAACAGUGAUGACAACACCCUCAGGAUAUUUAACCUUUCCAUGGAAUUGUACAGUGGGAAUGCUGUACAAGGUUUAUCAGAAAUGGUAUCUAAUAAUCUGUUAUUUUUGUCUCUAUAUGAAUACAAGUUGUUUUCAACAAUGACACAACUGACUCUUACUUUUCCACAGCCAAAAUAUACAUACAUGUAUAUAUUUUUUAUUUAUUAUUAUGAAUACAAGUUGUUCUCAACAAUGACACAACUGACACUUACUUUUCCAUAGCCAAAAUAUACAUACAUACAUAUAUUUUUUUAUUUUCAAUGAAUAAAUCACUUUCUAGGAAAAGUAUUUUUAGUAGUGGUGGUCAAAAAAUCAUUGUGUAUUAACUGCUUUGCUCUAUACCUUUAAUAAAACUUUGGAAAUUAAUCACAAUAAUUAUUGUUUAACAAUGAAAACAUAGCCACUUGACAUUCUUGUUUUUCUUUAAGGUAUCAGUGUUACAGAUGCAGGAGGGAGAGACAGUUUAUGACUACUGUUGGUAUCCAUUUAUGUCAUCUCUUGAUCCUGACACUUGCUGGUAUGAUACUCAUCACUUGAAAGAUUCUUAGAUCCUAAAUACAUUACACCUGGAAAUCAUAACAUAAGUAUGAGUCAGAAUGAAUGAUAGGGAGCCUUGUUCCUUACAGGGAAAAAUGUCUGUGGUUAUUCUCUUAAUUAAUUUGUGUCCUUCAUAAUUGGAAUUGUCAUGAUUAUGUACCUUUCUUUGCAUGUGUGAGAGGUAAUGCUUUGUAAGGGUGGGUUGAGGUGCACAGUCAGAUUGAAAUUUUUCAUAGAUGGAUCUGAGGCCCUCAUGAGGUGUACCUCAAGAUGUAUGGUUAAUAAAAUUUAUCCACCCUAUUCAAGUGAACCAAAGGCCUAGGAUAUACCAGCUAACUUUUUUUAUUCAAAGGCAUGAGAUUUCUAUCCACAAUGUUAACAACUGAUAUUAUUAUUCUGAUAUUAUUUGUGUGUUUAUUAAUUUUACUUUUAAGUUACUAAGUUAAACACACUUUUCUAAAGAUUUCUCUCAAUUAAGGCUUUGAUAGUUCAACUAUUCUGCCGAGUCUUCAGCAAGUCAAUCAGCCAUCACAAGCUAUUUUGGGACCAAAGUUUGCAAUCUUGGGGGUCUACAAUGUCCUUCCUAAGAUAAGACAGUUGCCUUAUAAAGCCUUUAGUCUUGAUUUUAUGUAAACAUAAAACUCAGGUUUACAGCUCUGAAUAAAUUAGAUCUUGAUAAUUACGUCAUCACAGCUUCCUGAGCAGUAGCCGUGACCAUCCUCUCCACAUGUGGGAUGCUUUCACAGGAGCAAUAAGAUGCACCUACAGAACUUACAAUCACUUGGUAAAUGAUAGUUCAUGUCAAUAACUAUUUCCUCUGUUAAAUGAGGAAAGGGGGUAAUUUUCUAAAGCAACUGUGGUGCUGUGUUGGUGAGAGAGUAUAAAAGGGGAAAUUUAGUAUAAUCAACUGAGUUGAUAACAUAAAUUGGCCACCAUAAAGAGUUUGAAAGCAACAUGUAACUCUGGAAAAGUCUGCUUUGAAACUCUUUAAGGUGGCCAAUUAAUGUUAUCAACUCAGUUGAUAAUACUAAAUUACCCUAUUUGCUCUGUUAGCCUGAAAUAAUGGCUUUAUAGCUAAUUUGAAUGUAGUUUUUGACACAGUGUUGGCCAGCAUUAUCUAUUGGUAGUAAUGAAUAAAGGGGUAAGUUUCUAAAGAAUCUGUGGUGCUGCGUCGGUGGGAGUAGGAGUAUAGCAGGUAAUUUAGUGUUAACAACUGGGUUGAAAAACGUAAAUUAGCCACCGUAAAGGGUAAAAAAGCUGACGUUUCGAGUGUUAGCGUCAAUAGCUCUGACGAAGGGCUAACACUCGAAACGUCAGCUUUUUUACCCUUUACGGUGGCUAAUUUACAUUUUCAACCCAGUUGUUAACGCUAAAUUACCUGCUAUUGGUAGUAAUGAUUCACUAACACUUAACUUAACUGUUGUUUGUGAGUUUCAUUAAAUAUGAUUGAUACUUAAAAAUCUGUAGCUACUGAAAUAUUUUUUACUGUACAGAUUUCAUUGUCCCCUUGGUAAAAUUGAUAGUACUUGAACAUAGCAUUUUUUGAGAAAAAAUUGAUUUAUUAAAAUCUAUAAUUUCUUUCUCCCUUGGUAUUUCAAUUGAGACAAAUAAAAGGUUAUGUUUUUAUCAUUUAAUUUUUUUCUGCUAGGAUGAGGUGGUUUCAGCAAAUUGUGUGUCAUUCAACCUGGAUGGCAGUCAAAUCUAUUGCGGCUUCAACAAGAUGGUCAGAGUUUUUGAUACAACAAGACCUGGGAGAGACUUUCAGGAAAGACAAACCACAGGUCUGUACUGUGUAUUGUAUUUUAGUCACUGUCAGUGACAACUUUAUUUAGCAAUGUAUAGUGUAAUAUAACCCUAUUGAUACUAAGAUUCUUGAUAGAGGAAAAAGUGGUUGUAUCAUUUUAGUGAAGUUCUGCAAUUAUGUGAAGCCUUCAAGAGCUUUUUAGGGAGCACUUUGGUUUAGGGUCUAUUUGUUAUUAAACUCUUGCUCAUGGUGAGUUGAAAGACUUCUAUUGAAAAGCAUUUUGGAGCUCAGAUUCUCUGCUGAAGGCUACUGACACCUUUAGAUCAGAUUGUCCAUACUGAAAAUGCAUAAAUAUAAUGUCAUUUUUUGCAGUUAAAAAGGAAGGUCAGGGUGGAAUCAUCUCUUGUAUUGCAUUCAGUCCUGACAGUUCUGGAAUGUAUGCUUUGGGAUCUUACUCAAAAUCAGGUACCAUGAUUCUAUGGAAAUAUGAAAUUACAGGCUGGAAUGAUGUCUGAGUGAGGAAACUUACCUUCAAGUGUUCCCAGGCAUGGUCCUAUAAUUAUUUUCAUUUGAAAUUAUUAAAAGUUUUUUCCUUGUUUGCCAGUUGGUGUUUACUCUGAUACAGAUGGUGAACUUAUUUUCCUACUCCAAGGACAGCAGGGUGGAAUCACCCAUGUUAUGUUCUCUCCUGAUGGGACAAAGAUCUACAGUGGUGGCAGGAAGGUACUGAUUAGUUUACCCUUAAACAUUAACUUAUUGUCCAUUUUUCACAUGCACACCCAAUAAAAUAGCAUAAUUAGAAAUGUAAACAUGUCCUAUUUCUUCCAUGCACCUGUUUAUUUCCACAGGACAAUGAAAUUCUUUGUUGGGAUGUAAGAAAUCCUGGAAAAGUUCUGUACUCCAUGAUACGCUCAGUGGAUACAAAUCAGAGAGUUUAUUUUGACAUUGACAGGUACCAUCGUAAUAAUAAUCUUGACAAAGUGUAAGAAUAUCUUGCUUCUUGUUUCCUAGAUCUUGCUCAGUUUUUUUUUCCCACCUGUAGUGAAUGCACUGGUAAAUUUCCAGACAGUUACUCAUACCAUACAAUUUAUUCGAAACCAGUGGUUUCUGAAACAUGAUUAACAUAAAUUACACUACAACCAACUACUGCAAUAAUAAUACAAUAAUUACGAUUACAAAGUGAAACAUCAAACAGCAAAGACAAAGCAAAACAUACCUGAUGGUUUGAUGAAGAGAGUACACGAAAUGCCAUAAAGAAACAAUGAAAGGACAGCAAACUGAAUAACAUACUGUUCUUUUUCAUGCCAAAAUUUAAACAUAUACAUAUGGGUUUGGAGACUGAAGCCUAGUUGGCAGGUAAAACACUGCCCCUGAAUUUGUUGUACCACCCUUUCAAAGCAAAACAUCCUCACUAAGACAUAAACAGACUUCAGCAACACCCACAAAUGAGAUCAGAGAGGCUGAUGAUGAAAGUGUUUGUGAUCUGCACAUUGUGCUUCCUGCCCUUCGGGUUGUAUUUAAGGGUGUUGUGCAUGUAUAGUCAGGUUACUGAGCUUGUUUCAAAAUGGCACCUUACAUGGCUCAAUUAUUACCACAUUUAAAGACAAUUCUUGAAAGGUUAAGGUACUCAACUUUGGAAUACCAAUAUUGGAUGAAAAGACUUGUUUCUUUGGAUAUGUGAUAAUGGCAGAGACAACAAAUUUAGUGUUUCUGCAGCAUAUCUCUUGUUUAACAUUUUUUCCUGCGGUUUCCUUACCUGUCUCCUGACCCCAUCCCUCCCCCCACCAAACUUGUUCUUCUCAUUCUUCUAAACCUUGUUUGAAAUUUUUUUGAUACAGAUCUGGGCAAUACAUAAUUUCUGGAAAUGGUGAUGGUAUUGUCACUGUCUGGGAUUCAACUCUUUCACCAGUUGAUGAUAGCUCAACAACAGAAGCUAUAUUACAACCUGUCAUGACAUUUGUUGGACAUGGAGACUUGAUAAAUGGGGCCUGGUAUCUAUUGAUUUUAAAUACUUCCAAAUUGAUAAUCAUUACAGACAUGAUCCUUUGUACCAACUGUAGAUAUCAUAGGAUAAAUUGAUACAAAUUUUGGCAGGUUUCUUUUUUCCAAUUUCAUUGCAUUUUUAAGGCCAAAAAAAGGUGGUGAUAUUAAAUAAAUGAAACUUUGGAAAGAGUGCAAAUAGAGGAUGCUUUUUAAAGUUUUUUUUAAUUGAAAUAGUGGUUUUAAUUUUCAGUAAUUAUUUCUGUUAGAGGUUUACUUUGAUCUAUCAAUUGAAAUUGUUUUCCUUUUUAACAGUUUCCAUCCUAGUCUCCCUCUUCUGGCCACAACCUCAGGACAACGUCACUUUGAAGAGCCUGGGAAUGACAGUGAUGAUGAAAAUGCAAUAGACCAAGAAACAAAGAUUCAAGGUGAUAACUCACUGCGAAUCUGGGCAGCUGGUGAACAAGAAGUGACUGUUGAAGUGGGUUAACAAAUUAAUAGAGUACCAUGGGUAAUGUCAGUAAAUAAUGUCUCUUUUCACGGGAGCAUACACAGUAUGGUAUGAUAUGGAUAUGGAUGUACAAGGAGUGCUUUAAGGUGACAAUGGACGAAUGGAAGGAAAAAGAUAGGGAAAUAAUGAUGAGUAGUACAAAUUUGUGACUAAAGGGACUAACAUGUCUCAUGGUGGAUCUCAAGUUGACUUAACCAAACAUGAAAGCUUACUAAAACAGAUGGCUUCACAGCAUUGUCUAGUGAAAACUUUGACAAAAGAAAUGUUAGGCUGAGUGAGGAAAUUACCAAGAACCUUCCUUGCAUCAAACAUUUCCCCAAGGACUAAAGAAAUAAAAUUUUGUUUCUGUAUUAUCAAGGACAUCAGGUGGUGUAGUAUAGGUUCGUGAUUAUAUACUGUUAUUGUUAUUUUAAUAAAUACUCAAAC